ACAACAACUGAAGCAACGACACCUACUCCAACACCUGAGGCGACAACGACACCUGUUCCAACACCUGAGGCGACAAUGACACCUGUUCCAACAGCUCAAGCAACAACCACACCUGCCCUGACAACAACUGAAGCAAUAACGACAUCUUCUCCAACACCUACUCCAACAGCUACGCCAACGGCGACAACAACUGAAGCAACAAUGACAUCUUCCCCAAUAAUUGAAACAACAACGACACCUUCGACAAGGACACCUGUUCCAACACCUGAGGCAAUAACCACACCUGCCCGGACAACUGAAGCAACAAUGACAUCUCCAACAACUGAAGCAAUGGCGACAACUGCCCCGACAACAACUGCAGCAACGACGACUGCCCCUACAACAACUGACGCAACAAUGACACCUGCUCAAACAACUCAAGCAACAACGACACCUGCUCCACCAACUGAAGCAACAACACCUGCUCCAACAGCUACGGCAACGACACCUACUCCAACAACUGCAGAAACAACGACAUCUACCCCAACAACAAGUGAAGCAACAACGACACCUGCCCAAACAACUCAGGCAACAACGACACCUGCUCCAACAGCUGAAGCAACAACCACACCUGCCCUGACAACAACUGAAGCAAUAAUGACAUCUUCUCCAACAACCGAAGCAACGACACCUCCCCCGACAACAACCGAAGCAACAACACCUGCUCCAACACUUGAACCUGUGUUCCUAAAGGCAUUCCCUUCCUCCUUCUUGUCCUUGGACGUGGUGUCAUUCAGAAGUGGAUCAGUCAUCAAUGACAUGAACCUUCUCUUUGCAAGCACAUCUGUUCCUAAUAAUACUGAGAUUAGGAGGGUUUUGAUCAAUGAUAGUUUAAACGUCACUGGCUUCGACAUUGAAAGGAGCUCAAUCAAAGUGAAUGGCACAACUGCUCAAACAACCGAAGCAACAACGACCCCUGCCCUGACAACGACAGUUACAUCAACGACACCUGCUCCACCAACAACUGCUGCACCAAACACGACUUUGGCCACUCCACCUAUUUACCUUAUCUCAAUCAUUUUGGAAAUUUCUUUUUCAAUUGACCUCACUAACCCCAACAGCAGUCCAUUCAAAGAUCUUGAGCAACGAGUUGUAGCUACGUGUGAGUUCAUAUACAGACCAAGAUUUGUUCAGUUUGACCACUGUAUUGUGACACUGUUCAGGAGUGUUCCAAUUCGAGCCGAUGUAACUGAAGCAGAGUUGCAGGUUGUGUUCAAUCAGACAACUCGCUUUGAAGAACUCCCACAGAACAGUGUCGUUGCUCAAACCUUAGUAGAAGCUGUGAGUAAUACCAACAACAGCUUCAAUGUGACCAUAAAUCCCAACAAAGUCAUUCUAAUAGAAGGUCCAGUUCCAUCUACAACUACCACACCUGCAACUACCAUAUCUACUUCUACUGCACCUGCAACUACCACAUCUACUACUACAGCACCUGCAACUACCACAUCUACUACUACAGCACCUGCCACUACCACAUCUACAUCUACCACACCUACAACUCACAUUUACAAGUGA